AACAAAACAACUCCGGCAAAUUUGUUUCGUAAGACGAUUGGCGGCGAAGUGAAAUUCCACUUGUUUGAAAAUUUCUUUGGCAAAAUCACGUAAAAAGUGCCCAACCGCAAUGGUGCUCAACGUGUACAAGUGCGUGCUGCUCGGCGGCAACCUUCAGCAGUGUCCAAGACGAUUCUUCUCGGCAUCCUGCCGGCGGCUGCAAAGCUCGGCCAGUUCGCUGUUUACGGAAGAGCAGCGGCGUCAGCGGGAAAGUGUGGGCCGAAUCGAGAAAAUCGAAAUCCGCUACCUCGGCACUCCGACGGACACAACCCUGAUCAUGAACCGUGGCCUCUCGACGCCGUACGAUUGUGCUAGACAUAUUGGUGAAAAGUACUGCCGCUACUCGGCGCUGGCCCUGCUGGACAGCAACACCCCGUGGGACAUGCGCCGCCCGCUGGAAGAGUCCUGCACGCUGCAGCUGCUGAACUUCACAGCUUCGGAGCCGCACAUUGCCAACAAGGCCUUCUGGCGAACCUGUUCGUUCCUGCUGGGUGCAGCUCUGCAGAAAGCCUUCAAACCGGAAGCCGGCCUGUUUCUGCACAGCUUCCCGAAACCGAGCAUAAAAUCCGGCAGCUUCGUCCACGACAUUGCCCUCGCCAGGGAAGGUUGGACGCCGACGGUACACGAGCUGCGCGCCCUCUCCAUCGAGAUGAUCAAACUGUCCCAGCAGGACCAGCCGAUCGAGCGGCUCGACGUUAGCAGCGAGCUGGCUCAGGAAAUGUUUGCCGACAAUCCGUACAAGCGCGAACAGGUGCCGAGCAUUUCCGCCCAAAACAACGGCCAGGUGACGGUCUAUCGCGUCGGGGAGCACGUGGACAUCAGCAAGGGACCGAUGAUCAGCUCGACGGGGCUGCUGGGUAAGUGUACGGUGGCGGCGGUCCAUCAGGUACCGCGGAACAGUGCGGACAAGCUGUCGCUGUACCGGGUGCAGGGAGUGGCGCUUCCCGUGGGGCUGAACUUGAACCACUUUGCGUACGGGAUUUUGGAGGAUCGGGCGAAGAAGUUGAAUCCAGCUAAAAUGCCAAACGAACCAUACGAAGAAAGUGUUGCGGAGCAAGUAGCGUAAUUUCUUUGUCAUUUAUAGUUUAUGGAUCAACUAAUAAAAAAAUAUUAUCAUUA